CAUGAGGAAAGUUGCAUCCCGCGGGCUCAAAUAAACCGCACGCCUCACGUUUUUAAUCCGGUUCCGUGCGCCGGCGCAUCACUCGCAAUCUCGCAGCCGCGGCCCGCGCUUGCUCACAAGUGAAAUUUUAUUGGUAAAUCGAGAAAUAUUCGCAAUGUACAAAUCAUUAAUUCUCGUGUGUUGUUUGUGCGUAGUUUUAAUCGAGUGUCGGCCCAGUUGGCAGUACUUACCUGAAGUGCCAGGCUACGUUCCAGUGUAUAUUCGCAAUGGGGACACACCGUUAGAGGAGAUCAAUCCGGAUUUAGCAGAAGCCUUUCACGCGCUACCUAUAGGGCGUAGCGCAGGGAAACAUCUAGACGCAGCUCCUGAUACCCCAGAACAAGCUGACCAACCGCAACCAGAGGAAAUUCCGGAACCCGGUAAUUCCAGCAUCGAUCGACGCCCCUUCGAGAAGAAGCAACUCGAGAAGAAGAAGAAAGCCAGCUUCGACAUCACUAAGCCCGUCGAGCGUAGAUAGUUUCGCGUACUUAAUAUUUAGUUAUAAUGUUGAACGAGUGAGAUUAAUUUCGGUCUCUCAUGUCGGACUUCAGAGUUCACUGAACUCAUUUUACUUGCCUAUUAGCAUAUACUGUUACUUAUUUAUAAAAAAAAAUACUAAAAUGUAAAAAAAAAACUCAAUCCUGUAUACUCUUAUAAUUACAAAUAAAUAUUAUUAUUUAUUUUG